AUGGACUCCUACGCCCAGGGCAGCGGAUCCAGUGACUCCUCCCGCCCCAGCCUGAAGCCCUGGGCACCCCUGAACGACUCCGAGGUGUAUCUGGCAUCCCUGGAGAGAAGACUGAUGAGGAUCAAGGGCCUGUCCCAGGAGGUGACCUCCAAGGACAUGCUGCGCACGCUGUCCCAGGCCAAGAAGGAAUGCUGGGACAGGUUCCUGCAGGAGAAGUUCGAGGCGGAAUGUUACGUGGAGGGCCACGAUGCUGACGAGAGCACUCUGGAGCACCUGAAGCGCUGGCUGCAGCCUGACAAGGUGGCCAUCAGCUCCGAGGAGGUGCAGUGCCUCAUCCCGCCGGAACCGCAGCCGGAGAAGCAGGAGAACGAGGAAGAGCCUCCGGCUGCAGAGCAGUGA